AUUCAGCCCAGAAUCAGAUUAGCAAAUUCCCACUAGUUUAUGUGUUUUCAUUUUUAAUGAAUUAAAAAAAGCUAUGAUGAUCAUGAGAUCAACAUAUAUUUUACAAGAAAGAAAAAACAGCUCAUAAUGAUGAUGAUGGGAGUUGGGUUGGACCACAGAGUAUAUUCUACCUGCACCAAAUACAGACAUACUGUUCUUGUAGAACAGGGGCAGUUCAGUGACUUGUGAUUAUACAAGUUUUUAAUUUUGGAUUACAACCCACACAACAAUUCAAGCUAAUUAAUCACUGUUAAUGGCAAUUUUAUAAUUGAAACAUGAAAUGGGAGUUGUUAUGGAGAAAAAAGAAAAGUUGAAAGUAGGUACAUGUGAUUGCAAUUAGAGUUAGUUGGGCACAUGAGAUUUUUUUCCUUUCUUUGAAAGGUCUCCGUUCUUGAAAUUGAACAUAUGAUCAUUUGUGGAAAAGAGAUGGAGCCUUUGAAUCCAAAAUCUCUUGAGAGAGUGGUUUCACAGAGAGCUUUUCAGAUGGGCAGUUCAUUCCCAUGCCAAUUAUGUGUGGUGGGUUUUCUUUGUGGGGUUUGCCUUACCUCAUUGUUUCUGGCUGCUCUCACUUCAUUUGGUGCUUCUGCCUUUGUUGGUAUUUCAUUUUCAACAUUUUCGACUGAAAUUCCCCCUUUGAAUUCGAGCCCAGCAGCUAUCAAUGUUACAGGUGGAGAUAUUAAUGUGAUACGUAGAGAAAGAGAGAUAAUUAUGCGUUCACGGGAAAGUACUAGCCCUGGAACGGACGAGAAAGUGUCUUCACUAUAUUCUGCAUGGAGUGAUUUACUUGGUAAAUCAAUAGAUGAGAAUGGUCAAUUCUCCCAGUGGACCAUUUUGAGAAAAUCCAAUGUACCAAAAGCCCCUCACUUGGAGAACUGCAAGUUGAGUGCAGAAGUAAACCAACGUCUUGAUAGGCGACUUCAAAAUGAGUCUUUCCCGCCUUGGACAAUUUGGAAAGGACAGUUGGAUGACUUCCCACUGUCUAUAACUGAUGAUCAGCUGAAGAACUACAGGGAUCAGAUGAUAUCUGAAGGAUCUUAUCCUCCUUGGAUCACGGGAUCUGAUGAAGAAAACUACCCACUUACCAGGAAAGUGCAACGUGAUAUAUGGCUUCAUCAGCAUCCAGUGAACUGCAGUGAUCCUAGUGUAAGGUUUCUAGUUGCCGACUGGGAGAGAUUGCCUGGAUUUGGUAUUGGAGCACAAGUUGCCGCAAUGUGCGGUCUUCUUGCUAUUGCAAUUAACGAGAAAAGGGUUCUUGUCACGGGCUACUAUAACAGAGCUGACCAUGAUGGCUGUAAAGGUUCAUCACGCUCUAGUUGGUCUUGUUAUUUCUUUCCUGAAACAUCCCAGGAAUGUAGGAAUCGUGCAUUUGAGCUAAUGAAAGAAAAAGAAGCCUGGGAAAAGGGGAUUAUAACAAGGAAAGGCAAUUAUACUACAAAAGUAAUAUGGACUGGACGCGUUCCUAGGAUAUGGGGAAAUCCUUGGAGUAUCAUGCAGCCAACUACAGAGAUAAAUGGGAGUCUCAUUGCUCAUCAUCGCAAAAUGGACCAUCGGUGGUGGCGAGCACAGGCUUUGCGCUACCUGAUGAGGUUUAAUUCUGAAUAUACAUGUCACUUACUAAACAAAGCACGACAUGCUGCAUUUGGAUGGGAAGCUGCAAAUAUGGUCCUUAUGUCAUCUUCCAAAGAUUUUAGUGAGGUUUGUAAUUCUUAAUCCACCGGUGGUCAC